AUGCAUGUCAUACUCUGCUGACUUGGCAUAUGGCAUGUUCAUGCACUCCUGACAUGAUACAAUCAAGAGUGCACUCUUGAUACAAUGGAUGGUGGCCUACUCCUGGUUCUCUGUGUCUUGUCCUUCAUUCUAGGGUUCCUCUCUGUUGCACUGUACGUCAGUUGGCAGCAGGCCCGUCAUGUGAGGAAGGUGUGGACAGAGAGCAGCCCUCAAUGGACACAAGUCGGCUGUCACAAGGUGUUGGCACCCUCCGUUGAGCCAUGCCCCCUCCAGUUCAACAGUCAACUCACUGGAGUGAGGAACAUUGAUGAAGAACUAGAAAAGCUGUUGUCCCUCGGACUACGAGACCUUUUCGAGAGCUGGUAUCACACCCACGUCAGUCCUGACCCAGUGUGUUCCCAAGAAGCCCUAGAACUGGCCCAUAAUGUGAUUCAAGAAGUAACCGCGGCUGGCAGAGAGGUCGACUAUCUUGCCUUCUUCAUAGAGACACUCAUGAAUGAUUUUAUGGAUCACAUGAGGGCGUACAAGGUGGCGUGUGGGACUGCAUCAGUGGGUGUGGUCACAGGUCAAAGUGCAGCAAUAUGGAACGAGGCGGUGGAGACAGAGUUCUUCAAGUGUGAGAGUGGGGAGAACCCGUGGAGGGCCGUCUGAUGUGACAGGGAAGCCAAGAUAGGAACCAGCAUUGUACAGCUGUACCUUUUAUCACGAGUAUUAAUCUACUCCUGCUAGCAUGGAUUUGCCUGUGUUGUUUAUAGUGUGGAUGGUGCAAUUUCAUUAAUGUAAAGUGUAUUAUUGAAGUGAAGAAAGAAAUGUCUUUUUCUCAUCCAAUUUGUCAAACCUACCACACACACACGCACACACGCACGCACACCCACACACACACCCACACCCACACCCACACACACAGCCUACCUGUACCGUCUCUCUGAGCUGCUGCUGUGUAUUGUGCUCCCAGAGGACGAGUUCUCUUCUCCGUCCCUCCAGGCCCUCCUCACCGAUGUGUUGGUCUGGAAGGUCUGGACGCCAUUGCUCAAGACAUUAGCUCUACCAGACAACAUCAACGCCACCUUCAUAUCAAUG